GCCUGCGCGAUGCAAGACGCGAGAAAGGGAGGGGCGUCGGCGGGCAAGAUGGAGGCGACUACGGCCGGUGUGGGCCGGCUAGAGGAAGAGGCGUUGCGGCGAAAGGAACGGCUGAAGGCCCUACGGGAGAAAACCGGCCGCAAGGACAAGGAAGAUGGGGAGCCAAAUUUUUUUUAUCUCAGAGAAGAGGAGGAAGAAGGCGAGAAGCACAGGGAACUUAGGCUGCGCAACUAUGUCCCGGAGGAUGAGGAUUUUUUUUAGAGGAGGGUGCCCCAGGCCAAACCGGUUGCAGUGGAGGAGAAGGUGAAGGAGCAGCUGGAGGCCGCCAAGCCUGAGCCCGUCAUCGAGGAGGUGGACCUGGCCAACCUCGCUCCUCGGAAGCCUGACUGGGACCUCAAGAGAGAUGUGGCCAAGAAGCUGGAGAAACUAAAAAAGCGGACUCAGAGGGCCAUUGCCGAGCUGAUCCGUGAAAGGCUGAAAGGCCAGGAUGACAGCCUAGCCUCUGCAGUGGAUGCUGCCACCGAACAAAAGGCCUGUGACUCUGACUGAGGCGUGCGCUGCCCCACCACUCGCCCAUCAGGCCUGUCCUGCAGGGGAUGGUCUUGGGCAGGGAUGGGGGCUCGGCUUGCCGUCACCUCCAGUUUGGCUUCUGAGCAGAGACUCCCUGCCCGUCACGUCUGAAACCCCUAUCGGUGAGGUCAGCUCCGUGUCUCCUGGGUGGCCCCUGCCAUUCUGAAUGGAGGCAGAACCAGCAACAACUCUGGGCAUGCCUGUGUCUGCCCAUGUGAAUGUAAAUAUGUUUGUAUAUAUGUAUAUAUUUUGAACUUGAAAAAAAAAAAUCUGGAAAUAGAGACAAGUAAACCUCUGUCUGUGGCA